AUUUCAUUCUCCUUCAACUAUCAUAUCAUAAAGUUUGCUAUAUUUUUAUUUUUUUCCUUUUGCACUAUGGAACAUGAGUACGAGGAGCAACUACAAGAACCAGUUAGUCCUAUUGGACAAUACUUCAAUAGCUCAUCACUAUGCUUAUAUAUUAUUGCAGUUUUGGAAUUUGAAGUUGCCAUUGAUGAUUUGCAAGUUUUUGCUCUUCUUAAAGAUAUUUUCCUUCCCAUUAGUCCUCGCUUCUCCUCCAUCAUGGUACAAGAUAAAAAUGAGGAAAAAAGAUGGAAGAAAGUUGAUGUGAACUUAAAAGACCAUGUGAAAACACCAAUAUUUCCAAAAGGAAAAUCAUUAGAAUUUUAUGACAAAUAUUUUCAUGAUUAUUUGUCAACCAUAUCAAUAGAGCAAUUACCACAAGGAAAACCAUUAUGGGAAAUACACAUAAUAAAUUACCCUACAAAAAAUUCAUUAGGCACAAUAAUAUUCAAACUUCACCAUGCACUUGGAGAUGGUUACUCUCUAAUGGGUGCACUUCUUUCUUGUCUACAACGUGCUGAUGAUCCAUCUCUUCCUUUGUCAUUUCCAACUCUUAAACCAUCAAAAUUAGAACCUUCUAAUAAAAGUAUUUGGACAAAAUUUUCUUGUACUAUGUCCUCUAUUUUUAAUACUGCCUCUGAUUUUGGAUGGAGUGUAUUGAAGAGUAGUAUUAUUGAUGAUGAUAAAACUCCUAUAAGAUCGGGUGAUGAUGGAGCUGAUUUUCAACCAAUUUCUAUAUCAAGUAUUGCAUUCUCUAUUGAUCAUAUCAAAGACAUCAAAUCCAAGCUUGGAGUGACUAUGAACGAUGUGGUGACUGGAAUUGUGUUCUAUGGAACAAGACUAUACAUGCAAGAAAUGGAUUCAAAAUCAAAGACAUCAAACUCAACAGCAUUGGUAUUACUUAAUACAAGAAACAUUGAAGGUUACCAAUCAAUUGAUGAUAUGCUCAAUACUAAAAAAUCAAAGGGUCUUUGGGGGAAUAAAAUUACAUUCUUGCAUGUACCAAUACCAAAAUUAAAUGAAACCAAAAUUUUAAACCCUCUAGAUUUUAUUCAUGACACACAUAAUAUAAUCAAUAGGAAAAAACAAUCCUUAGCUGUGGCUCUUACAGGGACACUUUUGGAAAUUGAAGGCAAAUUCAGAGGUCAAGCGGCAGUAGCUAAACAUAUUAGGAGAACAAUAACAAAGUCAAGUGCAGUGGUUACAAAUUUGGUUGGACCAGUUCAACAAAUGUCUUUGGCUAACCAUCCUGUAAAAGGCUUGUAUUUCACAUUGGCCGGUGGUCCUGAGAGUCUUGUCAUUUCAAUAAUGAGCUACAUGGGAGAGCUAAGAGUUUCCCUCAAAACAGAGAAAGAUUUCAUUGACGAGAAGAGGUUCAAGUCUUGCAUGCAAAGUGCAUUUGAGAUUAUAUACAAAACAGUCAUGGAAGUUGUUUCUCAUGACACAAAUUGAACAUUAAUGUUCCUCACCAAAUUAAACCAAAAUGUUUAAAGUUGUGUAUUUCAUUUAUAUCAUUGGAAUUUGUUUUUACUAUUUAAUUUCUUAAAAUUAUUAUCUAUAUUGUGUAAAAAAAAAGUAUUAUCUAUAUAACAUUAGUAAGGAUUUAUCAA